UCCCUCGUGCUGCAGAUCAACAAGAAGCUGCCCAUCCAUGUACCAUUCUUGUAGGCAUCGUGUCUUGUGCUGCUGUGCGCAUCCCACUACGAUAAGCGGCCGAGACCUCCUUCCACAUUCCGACGUCAACUGUCGUUCGCAAUGCACGGCUUACAAUGCACCCUCCAUCCUCUCUUCCAUCCAUCCAUCCACCACAUCAAAUCCAGAAACCUACGCUGUGGACGGUCAGCACGAGCUUAACAAGUCACCCACUCUCAGUGUACCACCCUCGGGCCAGCUUCAAAUUACACAUAAUCGUAUUGACUCGUAG